CGAUACUAUAGGCACUGUUGCUGCGGAGAUAACGUUACACGUAAAACGAUAAAAGUAAGGUUAUAAUGGACCCUUCUGAGGUCGAAUUCCUUGCCGAGAAGGAGGUAGUGAAGAUUAUCCCCAAUUUCAGUCUUGACAAAAUCUACUUGAUCGGGGGUGAUCUUGGUCCUUUUAACCCAGGGCUACCUGUCGACGUGCCUGUGUGGCUGGCCCUCAAUCUGAAACAGAGGCAGAAAUGCAGGAUAGUGCCACCAGAGUGGAUGGAUGUAGAGAAACUGGAGGAGAUAAGAGAGCUAGAGAGGAAGGAAGACACAUUCACCCCUGUCCCCAGUCCAUACUACAUGGAGCUGACCAAGCUGCUACUCAACCAUGCAUCUGAUAACAUUCCCAAAGCGGAUGAGAUCCGCACACUGGUGAAGGACAUCUGGGACACGCGCAUCGCCAAGCUCCGCCUCUCUGCUGACAGCUUCAUCAGCCAGCAGGAAGCACACGCCAAGCUGGACAACCUGACUCUGAUGGAGAUUAACACGACACGGUCGUUCCUGCUGGACACUCUCAACUGCAUGUAUAAGCUGCGCUCCAACUUGCAGCCCGGCUCCAGUGGGGGCAAAGCCCAGGACCACCACUGAUCUGUAUUUACGGACUAGACCUGCGCCGCAGCCUCUCCUUCUCCUCCAAGAUGGAGCAGACUUAGGCCCAGCUUUACUAAGCAUUUGCACCAGCUGCAAAGUAAAAUCAAAUCUGCAAUACGGAGAACGCGGAUGGAAUCAUGGAAUCCAGACAUUAAAUCAGAAUUCAACAAAAUUCUAAAAUGCAUUGAACUUAGUAGGGAAUCUUAUUGAACAUUAAUUAGCCCAAGUUUAUCAUAAGGCAUGAACAGAAUGCGUCAGUGAUUUGUAUUUCCUGCUACUUUCUGAAGAGUACAUUUCUGAUGUGGUUUAAUCAUUCUUGUGGACUUUUCUAUUAAAAGUGUUGUUUUUUUGAGUGAAAACACGAAACCUGGAAAACAAAAUGGAAAUUUAGAAAAAAAUCUAAUGGAAUCAGGCAAAAAGUAAAACCGAUUUUAUAGGGCCCUAAGUCUGGUCCUAGUGAAGACAGAGCUGACCAGCAGAUCUUUUGAAGUGGGAGCCCUUAUCUGAAGUUGUCAUGCCACAACUAUCUGAUUCCUUAGUACAAUGUGUUAUCUCAUUGGAUUUGUUUCUAGUUGAAGCUUUGGCAGUCCUCUUCAACAGGUCAUGGACUCCCUGGAGGAAACGCCCUGCUUUGGUCUGGCUGAUCCAUGUAUGGUUGGACUUUUCCCCAAAAAAUCUGGGUUGAUGCCUUUUAAAAUAUUUGUAUAAAUGUCAUGCUUAAUAGAGGUAACAGUGAUGGUUUAGAGAUAGAUACCUUGUGUAACAGGUUUCUAUCCAUGUAUGAUUCUGAAUAGACUGGUAAGUCUAGUUUGAGGAAGAGGAACAACAUAAUGUUAUGGAUGGAGGGGGGCAGGCCUACAUUGGGAAAUCAAAGAAGCAACAUACAGAACGUUAUAACAUGUUAUGUUUCAGUAUGUGUAAUUAAAAUAUGUAUAUAUUUUUGUUAA